CAUCAAACAUAAUCGAGGAGGCCUGUAGAUCCCCAGAGCAGUCUCUGACGAUCAAAGGAUGCAAUGUACCUCGCUCACAAAACAAACAUCAGAACGGAGGCCGGUUAUAUGACAAGAUCGUAUACUGACAGCCCCCGAAGAUAAUUUCGAGUAGAAUGGCUUUUGAGUCUCUGGCUCGUCGCCUCUUGAUAUGGACUGCACUCUCAGCCAGCGUUGCCGCCGGUGCGAAGCUCGGUAACGAUAUCCUCGGCUUGGUACCGACAUGUGCUCAGCCCUGCCUGGAGUCGUUCGUAGUAGCCAACUACCCGUCGACAGACUGCACGCAGAAUCCGACAUUACAAUGCAUGUGCUUAGAGCAGUCGCUUUCAGGAUAUACAAUUGGGGAGGGAGCGUUACAAUGUAUUAGUACCGAAGCACAACGUGGAAUCUGCAGUAAGGAUGACAUCGCUGGUACCGUCAAGCGCGAUGCCUAUCUUAUGUGCUCUAAGGUAGCCAAAGCUCUGCCGAACACACAUGCUGUCUUGACAGCAACAAUCGCAAACUCCCCAACUGGAGUGCCGGCUUCAAUAGUCAUACCAUCGCCAACUCAAACUGGAUCGAGAAUUGAGGCUGCUUCUUCACCAUCGUCUGGCUCAUCGAAUUCACUAUCGGGCGGUGCAAUCGCUGGAAUCGUUAUUGGCGUUCUUGUCGCUAUCACAAUCAUAAUUGCUGCUAUAAUAUUUUUCAGGCGUCGGAGCAGGCAAAAUUACCGUGGGCUUGGGAGUGGAUCUCCUAAUAUAAUGAAGGAGAGAGGCGGAGCUGAGACGCCCGGGUUUGGGAACUAUAUGUCGGCGCCGUACCGCAGUAAUGCCGAUCUCGAAAUGCCGCCUCACCUACCACAACAACGCAUAGCAUCGCCGUUAUUCCCUGCUUCCCCCAUGCCACCUCGUACUCCGCCCAGACUUCCUUCGCCCGGUCCUUUCCACUCACCAGCUCUUAGCCAAGAUACCUUUGGACUGGGCAUCUCACGAUCUUUAACUUCAACACCUGCUUCAAUGUCACAUGUUCCGCUUCAUAGGCCAACAUCGAAACUCCUUCCCGCUAAGCCUGAUAUGGACUUAACGGCUCCUCCUCCUCCUCGGCCUCCCCUUCCACCGAAAGAUCUAUUCAAGCCAAGUAGAGCGUUGUCUCGCGAGUCGUCUAGGCGUACACAGCAGACCAACAAGACUAGCCUCCUUACAAAUGUGACAGGGGUAACACCUGCAUAUAUAACUGAUAAAUUUGGAAAUUGGGUGCGAAAUAACAAAAAUCGCCAAUCUGAGCAGUGCCAGGUCGCCAUGGUUGCAGAGCUCGACACAUAUACCCCUCUGACUAUGGCACCGAUAGAAAAGAAGGAAGAGACCGAGUCCAUUUCAGCAGCAGUCUCAGCAGCUUAUGGGUUGCCUAAUAAGCCGCAACCAGCUUUCUUAUCUGAAGAGCGUGCUACCAGAAGGCACCAACGGUCUUCUAGCGUAUAUUCGCAAGACAGUGAAGCACGCCGCACUCGGCUAAUGUCCGCUUAUGGCGGGCGUGGAGCUGAACGCAACCGAUCUGAUACGGUUUUAUCUGACGACUCCUUUACAACAAUAAACUCUUACUCGACAGCUUCAUUAGACGAAGAUGCCCGCGAGCUUGAUGGCACUCAUUUGUCACACCCUCCCACUCCUAAAGAUACGAUGCGUACUCCUACCCCUGAACUAGAACAAGCCAAAUACGUCAAUAUCUCAGGAAAACAUAACCGAGCGCUACUUCAUAUAGACCCUACAAUCAGGACGUCCUUUUUUAACUCGCCCCCUGGUCAGCCUAGCCCGACAUUGAAAGGUGACGCCCUUUUGUUGAAAAAUGGCGACUCGCCUUAUCCCAAGCCCUUAAAACCUAAGCGUCAGGACAGCGCUCAGACGUCAAAUACCAGUUUGAUUAGCGAGACGGAAUUGACGAGACCGCCUCGUCUCGAUGACGGUCGGCCAUCAGUCCAGAGUCCGCUAUCACGGUUCUCCCCGCGCUUACCGAGUGACGAGGCUUGGUUUCCAGAUAGGUUUCAAACGCCACCGACGCAAAUCGCUGGGAGCGAACCCUCGCCUAAUCCUUUCAUAGUUGGAAGGCAAACGCCGUCCCCCAUGUCAUCGCGAUCAGGCUCAGGGGAUCAACCGCGUCAACACAUAGCACGCGCCGUCUCGCCUUUAAGCCGAGCACAAACACAUGAGAACGAGGAGGCCGCCAAGGAGGCCGCUAGCUCGCUAUUGGAAAAGCGACUUGGGACUGGUAAAGCUGCCGUACUUGCGCUCUGUCCCAAGAAGAAGCUAAGCCCGCCCUCCCCUAAGGGUUCCCUUCCUGCUACGCCAACGUGGCAGCCGAAGCUGACUCCGACGAGACAUGGCGAGGACCUGUACCUGAGCGUGCAGUAGAGACGAUACCUCCUACUCAAUCAAGAAGCAGAAUCUUCUCAACGCUUCAUUUAGUUGACGUGUUCCUUUCUCGUCUCCUAUGUCUCCUACAUCUCAUUGCAUUAGAGGGUACUGUACAUUUAUCGCAUUGUAUAUAUAUACCCUGGGGCAACGUCUGCCGAACUAAUUUCCUUCUCUUCGAUUGCCACUACUACGUGGAUGGCCCGUGUACUAUUAUUAUCACAUAUUCCUUUUAUGCCCCGGGGCACUCGUACAUGCAUUUACUUCGUGGCGUUAUUUUAUUUU